AUGUUCCGAUUUGUGGUAGAGAUUUCACAGAAUUUUCCAAUUGACCCACCUAAGAUUCGAUGCUUACAGAAAAUCUACCAUCCCAACAUAGACUUGGAGGGAAACGUGUGUCUCAAUAUUUUGCGUGAGGAUUGGCUGCCGGUGCUAUCACUCAAUUCUGUAUUGAUCGGGUUGAACUUUCUAUUUUUGGAGCCAAAUCCCAACGAUCCUUUGAACAAGGAUGCUGCCAAUAUGUUGGUGAAGAACCCACAGAUGUUUACGAAGAAUGUCCGUCUGUCAAUGCGCGGUUCCUACGUAGAUGGUGAGACUUAUGAUCGGGUAGUAUGA